AUGCCUCCACCGCGGAUAGCAUGCGGGUGUGGAUGGAAGGCGCCGUCGCUGUUGAUCCUCUUAGUUACAACUGGCACGGCAGUUCGUGACGAGUCCUUCAGCACGAACAUCGAUGUCGACAAAUCGGACGGAAGUGCCGAGAAUAGUGCAUGGACAAAUUCGAGCUUGCUUGCGACGUCUCACAUGAAAUCCGCUGCUGAGCAGGUCCCUGGUGGGGCCCUUGCCGUGGCAGCUGCCGAAGUAGCCCUUGUGAAGGCCGUUGAGGUCCAGGCCCGGGUGAAAGCUCAAGCAAUGGUCUGCGCCGACCACAUCGUGGUGCCCCCAGGCCCCAUCGAGCUGAAACCGGACUGGCUAUACGGUGUUGGUUGCGCCUUGGAUCACGGGCACAUGUGCCGGUGUCCCUGGAGGGUGUUCUUCGGAUGCCAGAGGACAGGUAUGUUUGGCUUGCCUGGCGGAGUCACUACAGACAUCGUUCAAAAAAUGGGCUUCUGUCGCAUAGAACCCUGGAUCUUCAUCAUCCCUCCCGUUUUGCUUAUCGGCGCUGCCAUCGUCUUCAUGCCAUCUUCCUCGAGAUCCUCUUCGACCGGCGAGGAUGCAUCGCAACCGAGGUGGAUGAAGGGAGUCGACGACGAAGUGAAGGAGAGCAAACGCCGCAGCAAGUCCGAGACGAGCGAGGAUGAUGACUGA